AUGCCUGUAUCGAAAGCAUUACUCCUGCUGUUGGCGUCCCAGUCGCUGGCAUUGCCGAGUGAGAAGCAAGAAAGUCCAGCAGCAGCCGGAGUUCUCCAUCUGCCGUUGGUUUAUGUGCCGUCCGCAGUCGACACAGAUGGAAAACCUGCAACACGACGUCAAUUAUCGACAGGAAUUGACAAUUACCAGUAUAACAAGGAUAUUGCCGUGGGAGCUGUCAUCGAGGUCGGAACGCCGCCUCAAAAGGUCAUCGUGGAACCUGACACGGGAUCUAAUAAUUUCUGGGUAUUGGGCCUCCAGCCCGGCCAGAAGCGUGCAGGAGAUGAGUCUACGUUUUUUGACCAAAACAGUAGCAGCUCUCUACAAGACCUUGGCCGAGAACGGCUCAAUAGCUAUGGAAACGAACAAAUCACGACAGAGUUGUAUACUGAUAACGUCUCUUUUGGAGGCCGAUCCGUGGGAAAAGUAACACUUGGUGUGGGUGAUCUGGACAGACCUGGCACCAACUUGGGGCGGCACGUUGGCGUGUUGGGUCUCCUACCAGAGCGAGGCAACGAAAAUAGCAAGGAUUUCAUUCUUCAAAGUCUUCUUGACCAGAACGUUGUAAAGAGCAAGGCUUUUGGACUAGGCGUUCGCAAGCACGGCCAGGGCGCUCUCACGUUUGGUGGAUAUGAUACGAGCAAGUUCUCCGGGCAACUUGAGAAGCUCCCGAAGAAGGACAACCGCUUGGGAUUCUAUGCGUUUGAGAUCAAAUCCCUUUCAUUUAGGCCAGGCAGCGGCCAGGGCGCCGUCGAACUGUCGACUCAGGACUCCAGAAGCCAACCUCUAGCCCUGGGAGUAGACUCCGGGUCUCUGGGUUUCUACCCUGUUAGAGGUACAAGGCGGGACUUUGUCGCAAAGACAGGAGCUGUCGUUGAAGGCGAUGCAUAUAACUUUCCCUGCGAUGUAGUUGACAAGGGGGCGGCCUUUGAUUUCCAGAUUACUGACAAUACCGUCGUCUCGGUGCCUCUUUCGGACUUGGUGCGUGAACGGGCACCCGAUGGUAAAACCUGCAAAACGUUUAUUGGAGCUACAAAUCGUCGACCAACCAGUAUUUGGGUCGGCCGACAAUUUCUGCGCCGGUCAUACGUCGUCCAUGAUCAUGCAGGCAAAACCAUGUAUGUUGCCAGGGGUGCUGAUUGCGGCUCUACUGUAGUUGCCAUUGACGGCACCAUACCAGAUAAUGUCACUGGUAAGUGUGCGCGUGAGGAACCGGAAGCCGAUCAGCCGCCGCCUGCUGCGCCUGGCUCCGUUCCAGCUUAA